UUCGUUUUCGUUCGUGUUCGUAGCUUGUAGCUUGGCUUGUUCGGGAAUAAAAAUGCGUCCUUGACUUUUGUAGAUAAAUACAUAUAAAAAAGCAAUAGGAUUAACCAUAUUGCUCUAUCAGAAUUUAUUUGAUUAGUAGUAAAGCAGUGCGCAAUCCCUGCCUAUAAAUCACGAAACACAAAAUGGAUAAUCUUAAGCAGUUUAACACAAUGGGAUCAGAGGAUAACUGGAGAACUUCUAACUUUCGGCAAAAUGUUGUAUCUAAAAUAGAGGAGGUGAUCCAGCGUUCUGGGAUGCAGGUGGCUCGUAACAGCAGUGAGAUGGAGAACCAUGUGUACAUGAAGGCAAAGACCCGCGAGGAGUACAUGAAUAUGGUUGCCAAGCUCAUCCUGCAUGUCAGGGAAAUGUCACAACCUAAACAAAACCAAGCUGGAGGAUCUAUGCAAGGAAACAACCAGAACCAACCAGGUCCCAACCCACAGGUCCAGACUCAGCAGGGCCAAGCACCACAGGGACCAAAUAGCCAACCCGGUCUAGCCCCAGAUCCAAUAAACGCUCUACAGAACCUCGCCUCCCAGGGAACUAGGAACCAGAUGAUGAACAUGGGACAGGGACAAAUGCAACAACAAGGUGUAAUGGGUCCUAAUCCAGGGAUGGCCGGACUGCAAGCUCAGAUUGGGCAGCAAGGUCCUAUUGUAUCACAAGGCGGUCCUCAAUCUCAAGCGGCCACUAACCUGCUUCAAACAUUAACUCAAAGACCGCAAUUGAACAUGCAGCAGAUGCAGAACAAGUUAAGCAUGGGAAUGGUACCUAACCAAAAUCAGAUGGGCAACAACAUGGUGUCAAUGGGUGGUAUGGGCAAUCCGAUGGGCAGUCAGUUGCAGAACCAGCUGGCGGGGCCCGGUAUGCAGGGUCAGAUGAUGCCCAACAUGUCCAUGUCCAACAACAUGCAGGUGCCCAUGUCUGGCUCCAGCACCAUGGUGGGUCAGAUGCAGUGCAACCAAGUUGUUGGUGGCAUGGGCGGGCAAAUGGCGCCAAAUGCGAUGCCAGGACAGAUGUCCAGACAAAUGGUGGGCGGCAUGACCAACAACCAGAUGGUGAACAUGAACAUGCUGCACAUGCAGGGGCGGGUGGGCGCCAAAGGUGAGGUGGUGGGCGGCAUGAUGGGCAACGGGUACGCCCCCGCGGGUGCUCCGUCCCACAACCAGUUCCUGCGCCAGAGCCCCUCGCCCUCCGCCUCCUCGCCCAACAUGGGCGGACCUAGUCCAGUCUCAAUGGGUGGCAGCGUGCUGGGCGGUGCUCUGGCGUCACCGAUGUCCUCGCUGGGUGCGAUGGGAGCGUGCAAUGGUGUCGGCAGCCCCUCGCCCUCUGCGCCUGCGCAUCUGCCGCACCAUCCCACACAGCAACAACGCGGUGUGGGUGUGGGAAUGGGCAUGGUGGCAUCGCCAUCGUCGUCGUUGAACACACCUGCGGGCGGUGGGGGUGGUGUGGCGUCUCCUGGUGGGGAGGAGGCCGUGUACCGGGAGAAGGUGCGCCAACUCUCCAAGUACAUCGAGCCACUACGUCGCAUGGUGCAGCGCAUGGUCAACGAGGGCGAGAAUGUGGAGAAAUUGACAAAAAUGAAGAACCUACUUGACAUUCUGUCAAACCCGAACAAGCGGAUGCCGUUGGAGACGCUCAUAAAGUGCGAAGUUGUUCUCGAGAAGUUGGACUUCAAACGUAGCGAGACUGUGUGUGUCAUUCUGCCACCCGCCGGAACUGGCAAGCACGAGCAAAUCUUCAAUCCUCUGUUGGAGGUGAUCAACAAUUGUCUUCUAUCUCCAGUCUCCAAUCACACACUCAAGCGCACAUUUGGUCACACUUUGGAUGCACUCAACGGACCUGAGAUAAAGAAUCUACCUCCACCAUAUAAAAUGCCUAAAGUAGAGGAACCGACUAUGGAAAUACCAGAUGUUUUACAAGGAGAAAUAGCUAGACUCGAUUCUAGAUUUAAGGUGUCUCUGGAGACGAUGCAGCUGUCAGGAGGCAGCGGUGCCAUCGCGCUGGUCGCGCAGCUGGACGACGUGCGACUGCCGUGCGUGCCCGCCGUGCACGUGGCCGUGCCGCGUGACUACCCCGCACACGCGCCCUCACGACUCCGCCCACGUGCGCCACGCCCUGACGCCCACCGCGCCUUCCUCGCCCAGGUCGACCGCAACAUGGACGCACGAUGCGCGAGAUUACCAAAGAGCUGUUCAGUGGGACAGCUGCUGGAUGCGUGGGAGAUGAGCGUGCGGCAGGCGUGCGCGCCCAGCCCCGUCGCCUACACGCCAGUGCCCGCACUCGGACUGUGAGCAUUCUGCACCCAGAUGCAUCGCCUACAAUGGCGAACUAUCGGCAUUCUACGCCUAGCUCCGU